AGCGUCAGCCAGCGAGCCCUGCUCUGGGGAGGCCCGGGGCGACCUCCGGCGUGCACACACGGGCCUCGCCCGCCCUGGCUGUGGGGUUUUUCAUCUGAGCACGGCCCCAUUAGCUUUUGGCAAAGGGAUUGCAACUGGGUUCAGACUUUCCGCUUGGAACUUGCCCUCCCUUCCUUCCAAGCUGGGAGACAGGAAGUCAACACACACACGGAGGGUGGGGUUCGGAGGCCGGAUCGCACGCGCGCUGGGCUGCGGCCGUCCAGGAGGCUCCUUCCUGCUGCCGCCAAGGAUGGAGAGCCGCUGGGGCCUCCUCUGGGUCUCGGUGCUGGGCUUCCUGGCGCAUGUGCAAGGUCAGCGUGACUUCGAUUUGGCCGACGCUCUCGACGACCCUGAGCCCACCAAGAAGCCGAACUCAGAUCUCUACCCAAGGCCCAAACCGCCGUAUCACCCGCAGCCCGGGAUGCCGGACGACAGUGGAAAUAUCUACCCAAGGCCGAGGCCACACCCUCGCCCCCAGCCCGGCGGUUCUGACGGCGGCGGAGGUUACUUCGGCAACACCGACCGGGAUGAUGGCCGCUACCCGCCCAGACCCAAGCCGCCCGCAGGAGGCGGUGGGAGCUACUACCCCAGCAACGACGGGUCCGGAAACACGCACGGAGGAGGGCGCUCUAGACCCAAAUCUUACGGAAAUAAUUAUGGCGGAGACGGAUACUCGACCUACGGGAACCCACAGGGUAACACGGUAGCGAAAAUCGUGUCUCCGGUCGUGUCUGUGCUGGUGGUCACGCUGGUGGGUGCCGCAGCCGGUUACUGCCAACGCAACCGAAUGAGGAACUGUUUGAGGACAAACGAACCAGCACACGUGUGAGGGUUUGGAGAUCCAGCGGUCGCUUGGGGAGACGCUCGGUGUAGACGGGAAUGCCGUCGGCCGCUCCUGGGACGCUUCCUUUUGUCACCCGCCGCCCUGACGUGGCUUCCGUUUGGCCCAGAAAGCAUCCCCAGUCCGCGGGACACGGUGCAUUCCUGAGCUUGACUGGGUUCCUCCUCGGGUCGAACAACGAUUCUUCCUUCCUCUGAUGGUUCGAUCGCGCACGUGGACAGAUGCCGACUCUGGCUUGGGUUCCCAGCGCUACCUCGGCCUGCAGGACGUGCAUGUGGGUGACCCCUGCGUGUCUCCCCAAAGCACAGUGCAGGGUCCCAGGACACGGGUGCUGUCUUCUUCGGGGGUAUCGGGAACACCACUGGGGGUGGGGGAUAGUUUCCAGGAAGCUCUGGGGGGGAAGUUUGGUGCAGGAUGAGUCUCCAUCCAAGGGCCAGUGCCCUCCAGUGCCCUCCAGUGCCUGCUGGUUUGGCUCUUGUGGGAUGCGGGAUUGUUACCCCUGGGGACGGCUUCGAUCAGCCCUCUCUGCCCUGCCCGUGACCUGCAUGUGCCGAGGCUGGCUUUCGGGAUUGUGCAUGCACAGUUGCUCGAGUGCAAGCCGUCUCGGGGGCGGGAGGCGGGGGGCAGGGGUGGGGGAAGCGGCCUUAGGAUGUUUUUCCUUUUCCUGUGAAAUCUUAAGGUUUCGGGAUUUCUGGGAAAACAGGGGACAGCGAUCACGAUGUGUGUCUCUUGACGGUCCUCUCGUAUCAGUUUCCAUGUGAUGCCCUGUAGGUUUCUGUCCUUUGUGCGAGGCCAUCAUUUUUCUUAGUGUAUGCUUUUUUUUUUUUUUUAAAGACCCGUAAUAGGAAACCUUAAAUGUCCAAGCAUCUGAAAUGCAGACUAUCUGUUUGUUUCUAUUUUACUAACAUUUGGGGGGAAAGGAAAAAGGACAGUUGGGGCUUAUGGGUUCCUUCGACUUAGGUACAUGCUUAGAGCACUUUUGGGCUUUGCCCUAAAUAUCAGAAUAAAAACAAUUAAUGCCCUCUGCAUCUCGUGGAGAGGACCCAGAAAAAUCCCAAAUAUGCAGGCUUACAGACCUAGUCCAUAGAAGGGGUGCCGAUUGCAGAAAGCCCUAAAGAGAGCUUUCCAGAAACCCAAAGGGAUUUGUAGCCCAGAAUCUCGAUGUGGGGUCUCGAGUCCAGGAUGCAUGGGUGACUAGAGCCGUUUCAAGACGGCCGCCCGACAUUCCUCCCAGGACGGGAAUGUCCUCGCGCGCGAGGUUUCCUGGAUGUGAGUUUCGGUGCUGGGUUUCUCGUGACGGGGGUUGAAGGCGUGUGUGAAUGCGUGUGGGCGUGCACGGACACACGCGUUUGCACCUUUGCAAUCAGACCGACAUGCUAUGGACGCAUUUAUAAGGACGUACAUCCAUCUAGUUUUUAUUUUUUUCCUGUACCUGUCAUACAUAAAUUUUCAUCACUCUAAAUAAACGUAAAAGAAAAAAAGAAAAAAAAAAA